UUGUAAACAAACCUCAGCUGUGACUUAAGUGACUUCACAACUGCAACAGAAUGGCUCAUCAAGGAGUGUUUUAUGAUGAUUAUUAUGCCGGAUUAGCUUUUCUAGAGGACGAGGCAAACGGUGGAGAUGCUGCACUGGAUGCUGCAGCUAUAUUACUCGCCAGAAGAGGUGUACUGGUGCGUGAUUUGAUAGAGAGGGAACAACACGAUCGUCACCCAACCAGAGUCGAAGCUUACGUGGAAGAAAUCGUGCCCAUGUACAACGAUAAUGAAUUCAAAUCCCAUUUCAGGAUGAAAAGGGAAACUUUUGAGAGACUUCAGGAGCUGCUGGCACCACAUUUACCAUCAAGACAGGUGACUCCGGAGAAGAAAUUGCUGGCAAGUCUGUGGCUUCUUGGGAAUAAAGAGUCCUUCCGAGGAGUUGCUGACCGAUUUAACUUCAAUAAAGGAUUUCUUCACGGAAUAUUUUUUGAAGUUUGCAGUGCCCUGGAAGCAGUACAGGUACAGUUUUUAUCAUGGCCCACUAGACCAGAACAAAAUGAUAUUGCAGAAAGAUUCCUGCAAAAAACAGGAUUCCCAGGAAUUGUCGGAUGCAUAGAUGGGUCACACAUACCAAUUCCUGGACCAUCACACAAUAGAGCUGGCUAUAUCAACCGCAAAGGGUUCCCUAGUAUACAACUGCAGGCUGUGUGUGAUGAUAAUCUUUUAUUCCUUGACAUCAUCACAGGAUGGCCUGGAUCAGUUAACGAUGCCAGAGUUUUUAGAAAUAGCCCUUUGUAUGAUAUAUUGGAGAGGGGUAGUAUUGAUGAGAAUCAUCAUUUAUUGGGGGAUUCAGCAUAUGGUCUUGCCAUGUACAUGAUGGUUCCUUUCAGGCAUUAUGGUCACCUAAGUGCUGAACAAACCAACUACAAUGUUCGCCAUUCAUCUGCCAGGGUAGCAAUAGAGAGGGCAUUUGGUCUUCUGAAAUCCAAAUUUAGAAGAUUACAAUAUUUGGAAAUGAGAUUGAUUGAGAAAAUUCCAUCAGUAAUUUUGUCUGCAUGUAUUUUGCAUAAUUUCAUUUUAAAGACAGAAAAAAUAGAUAUUAAUGAGGUUUUAGAGGACGUGGCCAACUUGCAUGAAGGGAAUGUACAUGAAUAUGAUGGUGACCUACAUCAGGAUAACAGACUGGCCAUAAAUAAAAGAAACGAACUGGCAAAUCUUCUUGUCUGAUGAAGGGUAUCACAACACUGCUUUCCCUAUCACUAUGCUUGUUUCAUUACUUUUUAUGAUCUAAUUUAGUAUUGUUGGUGUUUAUUUAUUUCAACUCUUUCUGCUCCGACAUUACCCUUAUUUGUGGAAGACACAUUCCAAAGACACAUUCCAAACUUUAAGAAGCUCAUGUGGAGAGAUCAUGUUGAAAUGUUGCUCUUUCUCAAGUACAACUUAAGGGCCAUUUCAUACACCACUUCCCAGCUCCCUGUUCCUGAAGGGUUUAUUGCACCAAAUUUGAAGGAGUAUGAUGCCAGGGCAGAGUCAGACAUUGACACUGAUAGUGACUCUGACUAAUGAGAAGAUUUGUAGUUUUUUACUCAUUUUAUCAAUCAUUAAUCAAAUAUCUGAAUUUUGUUCUAUUUCUAUUUUGCAAUUGUUGGAAUUAAUUAAGCAACAUUACUGUUUCUUUGUAAUUUCAGUUAUAAACUUUCAGUUAUAAACUUUCGGCAAUUGAAUAGCCGGGGCCGGGUGUUUAUUUAUUUCAACUCUUUCUGCUCCGACAUUACCCUUACAAAUUCCAGGCUCAAGACAAAGCAUUACAUAUUACAUGCAACAAAAGUGUUUGUUCAAAAAAAAAAAUCAUACUACAAUAGGUGAACCAAUGAAUGAAACAUUUCUUUACUUUUUUUUUUAUGCUUCCAUAUCACAAUGUGAUAAAAAUAGUAUAAAUAUAAUGUAUGAAAACUAUGAAAUCCCUACAAAAACACAGAUCAUCACAGACAGUAUUCAGUAACAUUACAAGGAAUGGCACGGCACAUUUGUACGGAUGGAGACUAACAACUUUGUACUUCAGCAAUUAAAAAUAAUACAACAUUUAAUGAGAAAAAAAAAUUUUUCUUCUCCUGUAUGUUGAUGAGAUCAUUAUCACAGACUGUAGUCAAUAACCUGGACAGUCAGGGAGGAGAAAAUAGAGAAGAAUGCGGUUUCUAAGAGGCCUGGGAGGAUCGGCAGAGCUAUUUUAUUUACU